AUGUUGUACAUUGCUAUUGUAACGUUGCUCCUCACUAAUAACAGUAUUUCAAGGAUUCAAGCGGAGGAAACAGUAGAACGCAGAGCGAAUGGACAUAGAAGAAAGAUACCGAUGGGUCUGGUGCACCAAGAACAACUGUUUCCAGAUCGGAUACCCGGUGAUGGAAGGGAUAUUAUACUGGGAUCCCAAACUUAUCAGAACGGCAUGACUUUUAACGUCGAUCCGGUUGGCCCAAACAUGUUUGGAGCGUACACAAACCACGUAAAUCAAAACUUCAAAUUUGACGGAAAUCAAGCACAACCGAAUGGAGGUGGAAUCCGAUAUGGAUCCUCAUCUGUACAGAUUAAUAAUCAUUAUAGAACUAGCAAGGGUGGCAGAAACUUUGGUGGACCACGUGGUUAUCAAUCUGGUGAUUCGCAGCCUAAAAUCAACGCACCAACAGAAAAAAAGGCACAGAAUAGUACAGAAAGUCAAGCGCACACGGCAAAACCCAACUCAUCUAGUAAACAAUCAUGUUUAUUAUUUUACUUUUUAAUAGUACUGUUCAAAUAUUAA